AUGCCCUGUUGGAACCAGAAGCUGUUGAUGGAUAAUAAGAGUUGUUUUUGUGGACCGGACAAGACGGGGGUUCCGGUGUGGGAACUCGGGUUGGGCGGUGACCGGCUGUGGGCCGACAUGAACCGCCUGGUCUCCUUCCUCUUGCACCACCAAGUCCUCGACGAACAGUUCUUGCAGCUUCACCAACUUCAAGACCUCUCCUCUCCCUUCUUCGUCUCCCAAGUUUUCUCCAUCUACUUCCAUGAGUCCGAGAAGCUUCUCUCCACUCUCCGAUCUCUUCUAAUGGAUAAGGGGUUAUUGGACUUGAAGAAAAUGGCAAUACAUUUGAAUCAGUUCAUGGGUAGCAGCUCCAGCAUUGGUGCCAAGAGAAUCCGCAACGCCUGUCUUGCCUUUCGUGCUUCUAUUCUACUCAAUAACCGCCCUGGAUGCUUGAGAGCUUUGGAGAUGCUGGAACAGGAGUAUUGCUAUCUCAAGAACAAGUUACACGAAUUAUUCCAAAUAGAGCAGCAACGCGUUUUGGCAGCAGGCGUGAGAUACCCGGUUGGUGCAGAAUUAAGAUGA